UUGUCGUAAGCUUGGUCCCCGUGCCUUUUUUCCGGCUUCAUCGUGGUUCAAUGGGUUGCCGGAUCCAGGCACGAUCAAUGUGUGUAUAUUGUCAGGCUAAGUUGAUUGGUUUCAAAGAUUCACAAUCUUCUUUUCAACAACAUCAACAACCUAUACAAAAAUGACAAUCGCAUUGGCAACAAACAAUCAAACCCCUUUGGCUUCGAACACACACUCGAGUCAAAGCAACCUUUCUGCUGCCGUUGAAGCUCAACGUCAAUUGAAGAGCAAUGCAAACGUGCUUACAUCAGGUCAACAUGAUGUGGAUCUAUCACUUUUGACUCCAUACGAACAAAUGCCAAAAAAGAUCACAGGUCCAACAGUUUGGGAAGCUGAUGAUUAUCGUGGUGAAGAAAAUGCACAUAAAUGGGUUCACGCUUGGACGCAGGAAGAGAUUGCACAACUCGAACAAGCUGCUACCAUUUGGCAAGAUUCCGGUAGAGAAUUAGGUGAAAUCGAAAGAAGUACAUUCCCACUUCCACAGUCACUCAUUCAAACUUUGCUCAAAUUGCGUGAGAGAUUGGUUCACGGCACCGGAUUCUACCUCUUCAAAGGUUUGCCGACAGACCGUUGGGGACCUCACCUUACCGCAAUUGCCUACUUGGGUUUGGGAAGUUAUUUGGGCAAUGUAAACAGUCAAAACCACAAAGGACACGUUUUGGGACAUGUGAAAGAUUUGGGUAAUGAUCCAACUCAAAUUGACAAAGUUCGUAUUUACAGCACAAAUGCACGUCAAUUCUUCCAUACUGAUUCAUCGGGUGGCUUGGUAGGAUUAUGCUGCUUGCACAAAGCAUUGGAAGGUGGUGAAUCGGAUAUUGCAUCUGCACAACGUGUUUGGAAUGAAUUGCAAGCCACUCGUCCUGACGUUGCAAAGACGCUUGCUAGUCCAAUCUGGAACUUUGACAGAAAAGGUGAAGUGAGCAAAGGUGAAAAAGGAUGGUAUACAAUGCCCGUUUUCAUGUUACCAAAAGGUCAACCAGCAGAUCGUUUGAUCGUUCAUUGGGAUCCAUACUAUAUCAGAUCUGUUACAAGACACGUUGAAGCUGGUCACAUGCCACCCGUAAGCGAAGCACAGCUGGAAGCCAUGAAAGUGCUAGAAGAGACCGCUCAACGUCUUUCACUUCACAUGAUCCUUGCCGUUGGGGAUAUACAAUUUGUCGCUGACACGCACGUCUUACAUGCCAGGACUGCAUACAAAGACUACCCUGCUCCUGCACCAAGAAGACAUCUUUUACGUCUAUGGCUUGCAACACCGGAAGGAGAAGAUCCACUCAACCUUGGCUGGACUUCAGGAUGGCAAACACCUUUCCACGACUCCAAACAUCCGAGACGUGGUGGUAUUCAAGUAGAUGAUACUCCUCCACGUUGUCCCCUAGAUGGAGAGUAAAACGUCUUUAGAAUCUUCUCAAUUCAAUAUGUUGAAGCGUCUUGACAUCGCCAAAUCUUGUGAAAAUCAACUUAUUGCCUUUUUAUGCAGUAUGCUUUCCUGCACGA